AUUUAAUCUUAUUAUUUAACUCCCAAUAUUUCAAAAACUAUCGUUUACAAAAAUAGCGGAAUCUUUUCUUCAAGAAAACAAAAAUCUCCCUCCAGGGAGAAGAUUUUUUGUUUUUCCUUAAAACUUUAAGUCAUCUUUCUGAUGGAGACAAGAAAUCAGAAUGGUGAUCAAUUAGAGAUAGAGCAAAUUAAAUAAACAAGACGACUACCAUGAUGAAGAAGAAGAAAAAGUCAUCACGUGGGAUGCACAUGUUCUCCGUCGUCAUGUUCAUGCUCCGUCGUCGCCGGACCUCCAACACCAGGUUCUGGCGGCGUGUUGUUGAGUCCGUACGUAAAGUCCGUUCCGAAAUUACGAUAAUGCCAGUGACGGAGAUGGGAGGAGACGAUGGUGAUAAUGAAGUUGAUGAUCGUUUAUCGGAGACUAUGGAGGUUUUCACGGCGCCUUCCUCUUCAUCAUCAUCAGGAAUCUCGGGAUAUGGAUCAGCCAUGUCCUUACGUGAUUUGGACUAUCCUUAUGAUGAUGAUAUUGAUGAAUGUUAUAGUGAUGUCCAAGGAGGAGAUGAUAUGAUUGAUGAGAAAGCUGAGGAAUUCAUCGUCAGAUUCUAUGCGCAAAUGAAGAUGCAAAAUCAGGUUUACACUGAUCGUUGCAAAGCCAAAGGGAUACUGAUGAAUUUUUAAUGAUCUUAUUAAUUAUGGUUCGUUCAAUUUUACCUCAUCAUCAUCAUCAUCAUUCAGGUUUUAAUUUCUUGGUCAUUUUUGUUUUUCGUAUUAUAAUUUAAUUUAACGACAUUUUCUGUAAUUUCAAUUAAUUAAUGAAAUAUAGGAGAAUGAACAAGUAUAUGUAUUUUUGUUUGUGUGGAAUAUUAAAUUUGAUUAAAUAUUUCAUAUUCAAUGUGUUUUAUUAUCUCAUAGUAUCAAUCAGAAAUUGGUUAUAUUAAAUAGCACAUUU